CAAUGUCAAAUCACAAUACAUCACUAUUCUGAUUUCUCUUCAGUGUAUUUGUCACAGAAUAUAAUGUAACUAUCAGCUAUUAUGUUUAGUAAUACAUAGUUGUGAAGAGAAAACAAUUAUUAAAACUGUGAUAAGUAAUUUUCCCAGGGUGAUUGUGGUAAAAUUUAUGAAGAGUACAGUUUCUCUAAAUUCAGGUGAAAAUGUUAAGAUUUCGUCCCAAGCUGGGAAGUGAGCGGAAUAGCGAAUGGCGAUGCUGCUUCUGUCUUCAUGUGCGCACGGGCACUAUCCUAUUGGGAACAUGGCAUCUCAUGCUGCACCUCAUAGCACUGGGCUUCCUAGCCGCUAUAGUGCGCGAUCCGCGGCUCCUGGACGAGCUCGAGCGAGACUCUGCCCCGGUACCGGACUGGAGUGAAAUAGCUCGCGUCAACAGCCCUAUCUCCACUCCGCUAUCCAAAGUAGAGCCGCCACCGAGCUCGUUUCCGCAACAUGUUGGACAACCGCGAGACCACAGUUUAAUAUAUCAUGAUGUGGAUGUGGGUGCGCUGGUUACAGUGUGUACCUUGGCCAUCACAUUCAUGCUGAUCUACGGCGCCGCGCUCGGCAAGCCAGCACAUCUCUUGCCAUUCUUCUGCCUUCAGAUCUUUGACUUUGCGAUCACAGUUCUCACGGCGACCGGCUACCUGUGCUACCUGCGCUCGAUCCACCGGCUGGUGGCCGAGACCCGGCGCGUCCCGUGGCGUGCCCAGCUGCUGCAGCUGCCCGCGCCCGCGCUCGCGCUCGUCGUGCUCUCCACAUUCCUAGUUGCUGUGCUGCUUAAGGGCUAUUGCAUCAGCGUGGUGUGGCGCUGCUACAAGUACCUGACGAUGCGCGCGCACGCGCUGCAGACGCCGUUCGUGAUCUCGAGCGGCGAGGCGGGCGCGCCGCCGCUGGCGCCCUACGCCGCGCCCGCGCCCGACUACUCCAGCCUGCUGCCCGACUACGACGAGGCCGUCAAGCAGACGCCGCCGCCCUCCUACCGCGCAGCCACGCUCAUGGCCGCCGCUGACCCCUCUCUCGCUACCCUUCAGGAGAGGACACAGAACGAGCAGCCCCCGCCGCAGCCUCAGCCGACCAACACCAUGGUUGUCCUGCCGCAGAAUGGCACACAAGCCCGCGUCUGAAUCUCAUCGCCCAUUGUCUGCAGCGAGGACCCCAUCACUAAACUCUCGUCUUAAGCUAUCGCUAAACUCCAAUACUAAAUACAACCCUAGUUACAUAUACAUAAGAUCUAAGAUGCUCAGAAUCAGUAACACAACUGGCAGCAAAUGUCUUGACAAUCAAGACAAAAAAUAAAGCAAUCAGAUAUAUCUUUUAAAUUGACUAUAUGUCAGCGUUAGCUUAAGACGAAAGCGGCCUUGUCACCACAUCUUGAACGCUCAAUACGGAAGCCACUAACUAACAUGUGUCAAACGUUAAGUAGCUACCUUCCAAAGAACUAAGAUCAAGGCAAAACGCUCCUCAUUAUAAUUAAGUCCCAAUCCUCGUUGCUUUCAUAUUUUUCCAUCAUUUUAAAAAUAUUUUUUUGUAUCUUUGUCCUUCAUUAUCAUCUAGACGUAUUUAUAUUUAGUAUAUCAUUGAAUGAUUUAUCUAUAAUUUAUUAUAUUUAGUAUUACUAUUCCUGUUUUUAUGUCAUUCUUGCGUUUGUUUUUGUGGGUUCUGUUUAAAAACUAGAUUUGUCGUACCAUGAGUAUAGUGCCAUUAUGUUAUGAUUGUAAUAAAUUUUAUUUUUAUACUUCAUGUGAUCAUUAGAGUAUAUUCCUUCUCAAAUCAUAGAAUACACCAUUAAGUACACUUUUCGAGACACCUCCAAAGAGGUAUCGAUUUGCAUUAUAUAACUUUCUGUACUUAUUUUUUACUUUUUUUCAUUUAUAUUGUGAUAAUUUUAUGUUUUUAGUAUCUUCUUGGAUACUUUACUCGAAAUUAAAUAUAAGCACAUAAAUGUGCAUUGCAGGUGUGAGUACCUGUAGAUAAAUAUUUUGCAUAUAUAGCAUAUUAUUAACAUUCCUUGAUUUGAGUGUGCUAUUUUAAAUGUUCGGCGUUAAUUUGUGACCUUACACCGUCCAUCCUGAUUUGCCUAUAGUCCUACACUAAAAAAAAAAACAAUAAUUGUCUAAAACUAUCGACCAUAAUAACCAACUACUAGCUACUACGUGUGUGUACCUUAUUAACUUCUAUGAGUAAAUACUGUAGGAAAUUGAUAGUGUUUAUUAAUACAAUAUGUAUUGAUAGGUAUAAUAUAAUCUGACACUUGUUAUACUAAACUCAGACAGUAGUACACUAUAACGAGUGUGGUUGACAACUACUCAGGGAUAACGGUAAUUUGAGCUUGAUAGCGUCAUGACAACUAUAUUUAUGUUAAAUAAUUUAAAAGUAUUAAAAAUUAAAGUUAUUCAAGUUGUGUGAUUUCAUAAAAAGUCGUUAUUAUAAACUACACUUUCAACUACAAUACCUGUUCUUACGAUCAUGGGUGUAAUAUGAAGUUAAAGUAACAGGUCUGUUGUAAAAAAACCUUUCGGGCUGAGUACACCUAUUUCUCUGACCUCAUAAAAAACUUCAUAAUACGACCUUUGAUGUGAUUUAAAUGUUUGGCCGAACUCCAAUUGCAUGCCACUCAUUGGUGCCUUAUCAUAUCGUUGGCGAAUAUAUAUUUAGUACCUAAUCAUAAAAACAUGUUAGGUACAAACUAUCAUAAAUCGUAGUACUUAGAUAAAUGUUUGGGUGUGACGUCAUAGAGUCUUUAUUACUAGCGUUGCUUCACGUUGUAACUUAGCGAUCUCGGCAAGGCAACGUAAGUAGUUUCGUAUUGGCCUAAAUUGUAAAAAAAAAUGUCGGUGUUUUUCUCUGCUUUUAUUUAGAUAAGCAAAAUUACAUGUCUCGCCCAAUGUAUCUUCUCAGAUAUUAUAAAAACGUAAUUUUUUAUAAUAAUUUCACGUUUUCAAUGUGUCGUUCAUAGUCUACUUAAAUAUGUAGUUGGUUUGGAUUAAAUGGCGAAUUAAAUCAAAAUUUAAUUAAUCGAAGAUCAUUUUCUCAGUUCAUGGACACAUUGUGAAAAAAAUCUAAGUUAUUUUAUCUGUGUUUAGUACAUAAAUGCACUAACGAUAAAUUGACGUGUAUAACUUAUAACUUACUAAAUUAUACUUAAUGUAAAAUAUUCUUGAAAUAAAUCAUGCAAAAAUGGA